CUGAGCGCUUCAUGGUGGAUGUUUUUGUUUGGUGCCAUUGAGAGUCGGUUCUGACUCAUCAUCGCACAUGAGAACCAAACACAUCGCUUCUCUGCCUCUUGGUGAAGGUCACAGAAAGCCGCGAUGCAGACUUGAUGGCCAAGAAACAAAAGGAACGAAAUGCUCUGGUUCCAAUGCGAGUGCUUUCAGUGACCCAGUUUACAAAGAAAUUGCUUUUACCAAUGGUUGUAUUAAUCGAAUGAGCAAGGACGAACUCAGAGCUAAACUUUCAGAAUUCAAGCUUGAAACCAGAGGAGUAAAAGAUGUACUAAAGAAGAGGCUAAAAAAUUAUUGUAAGAAACAGAAGCUGAUGUUGAAAGAAGACAGUCGUGCCAGCAAUUACUAUGAUUAUAUUUGUAUUAUUGACUUUGAAGCAACAUGUGAAGAGGGUAACCCGCCGGAGUUCAUACAUGAAAUCAUUGAGUUUCCUGUUGUCUUGCUAAAUACUCAUACCUUAGAAAUAGAAGAUACAUUUCAGCAGUAUGUGAAACCAGAGAUUAACACACAACUUUCGGAUUUCUGCAUCAGUCUCACUGGAAUCACUCAGGAUCAGGUAGACAGAGCAGAUACCUUCCCUCAGGUACUGAAAAAAGUAAUUGACUGGAUGAAGUUAAAGGAAUUGGGCACAAAGUAUAAAUAUUCUAUAUUAACAGAUGGGUCAUGGGAUAUGAGUAAGUUCCUGAACAUUCAAUGCCAACUCAGCAGCCUCAGAUAUCCUCCCUUUGCCAAAGAGUGGAUCAAUAUUCGAAAGUCAUACGGAAACUUUUACAAGGUUCCUAGAAGCCAAACCAAACUGACAAUCAUGCUGGAAAAACUGGGAAUGAGUUAUGACGGGCGGCCUCACAGUGGACUCGAUGACUCCAGGAACAUUGCUCGGAUCGCCGUGCGAAUGCUUCAGGAUGGCUGUGAACUCCGCGUCAACGAGAAAAUGCACGCCGGACAGCUAAUGAGUGUAUCCUCUUCCCAACCACUAGAGGGCACGCCGGCUCCACAAAUGCCACACUUUAGAAAACAAUAGGAAGUUUUUUCAGUGAAUCUUCCCUCCUAACUGGAGUUGCUGCAAAGAGGUGGCAGAUGAAUACUCAGUGAAUUGGUCCUUUGCAAUUCCGAGCACCUUGAACAUUUAAAAUGCUAUUUCAGUUAUACUUGUAGCUAGUUAUAUCUAUGUACAUGAACAGAUUUUGUGGGAAGGGUGUACUGAAUUCUUUGUCACCAGCACUUUUGAGAUGAGCAGUAUUUGUUACCCAGUAAUAGUUCCUGCUUAGAACUGAAUUUUACAAUUUAAGACAUCAAGAUGUUUUCCUUUUGGUUUUAAAAUGCAAAGUUUAAUUGGCUCUCCCCUUGAAUGUUACCUUUUUGGUGUUAAAAAUAGGAUACAUUUCUACAUUGACAUAAUUUAGAUCAAAUCAUUUCAUAAAGUUCAGACAGGACUGGAAGGCAGGCCUUAUCUAGUGUAUUGUUUUUAGGAAAUAUCAUCGUUCUUGUAUGAAUUUCAUAAAGUAUGUGGUACACAUACAUAUAUGCCUGUGUUUCUUUUCAACUCAUAAUUUGGAGACUGGUGCUAUAUGUUAAGGAGUGUCCAGUCAAUCAUUUAAUUACAGAUUAAAUCAAUGAAGUCUGGAGAAAAUUUAAAGGGACACUAGAGAGACAGUGGCUGAGUGAUCAGCUGCCCCGCUGGUGGUAGAUGUGGCGAUCUGCUUCCGUAGUAAAGGUCUUGGAGACCGUGAGCCAGUUCUACUCUGUUCUAGGGUUACAAUGAAUUAGGAACGACUCGGCACUAUGCUCUUUGUUUUGUUUUAUAGUUUGAGCUUUAUAUUACGUAGAUAAAUCAGUGGGAUUUUAAAAAAUUGGGGUGCUAUUGUUCAUCUUCCUCUUGUUAUAUAUAUAUCUGCUCUUAGUUUCUUAAAUCUAGGAGACCAUGCUUUCAAAUAGACUUAAAAUUAAGGGUUGCCACUUAAUUUUGCAUUUGAAUUCAAUGUUGUGAGUCAUAUUAAUAGGUCAAGUAAUGCUUUCUACCAUGUCUUAUGUUUUGAUUAUUGAGAAUAAAAGUAACCUUGGCCUUCACUAGA